AUCGGGGAAAUAGUAAAUUACGGAUUUCCCAUUAUCGGUGAUAAUUCUCAGUAAACAGCAAAAUAGUAAAAUUCCCAUUAUCGGGGAAACUUUUUAACAAAUAUUUUACAAAAGCCCUCAUUCAUAACGAAAUGCUUUUCUACAGUUGAUUUCGAUUUCUGGGUGGUCAACCGGACAUUGGGAGAACUGUACUACGCGAUGUCCGUUCCUCCUUUAUACAUACCGGAUAUUAACUACCAUCAGAUAAUCAAGAAGUUCAAUGACUCAUACUACGAGGAAGUCGCCAUUGGUGACACACCCAGUUCGCCAAAGCAGUGCAAUAGUUAUGUGUUUCCUUGGAUACCAGCUAGUUCGACACAAGCCAGCUUCCACAGGAAUGGUAAACCAGAUAAUAUCUUCGUUGUGUUCUCGUCCUGUCCCAAGAAGUACAUAUGGGUCUAUCGAUGCACGCAGUUCACGCGUUCAUCUCGGUGCCCGCUGUCCCACACUUUCCUCGGGUUGUUCAUCAACGAAGGAAUAUCUGAUUUCGGCUCGCCAUCCUACCUGGAUGACUUGCCACUGCAGGAUAUGCUCAUGGAUUUGUGUCCUACGCGUGUGAAGUUUGGGGUCUCAGAAUUCAAAUGGUUCUAUUCGUAUGGAGCCAACACUUUAUGUGAUCCAGGCUUUGUGCAAACCUAGUCCAGGGUAUGAUGGCUGAAUAUGUUGCAGUCCAUUGGAAGAAACCUUUUCCAUUAUAUAGAAGCAGUUUUCACAUACGAUUUAAAUAGAAUACAUUUUUGUAUAUUAUUUACUUUCUUGCAUAUGUUUCCACAAACAUAUACGUAUGUACUUGUAGCUUUGUCUGAUUAAAACAUAGACUAUAUAAGUAUAUAGUUAUUCAAUUGGUUAAAUGAUUUAUAUGUUAAUGGUAAGUAAACUACACAUUUCCAUUUGUAUUCAAUUGGUUCAUUGAUUAAUAUGUAAAUGGUAAAUAAAUCACUAUUUUGCAUGA